UUAGAAAAAGUAUUGCUGCAGUUACGUUUGCAUUCUCAUCACUUCACUCAUUCACUCACUCUCUCUAACCUCUUAACCCAACCCAAUUCCCAAUGCCCUCUUUCUUCUCUACAACCCUCAGAAAAGCACCACCAUCGCCACACACGCACUCGCACAGAACCCGAACCUUCUCCUAAUUUCUACUUCACUCUACACCCUUAGGAAAACAAACCUUCUCCUUUCACUCGCCAAACACUCAACUGUAACUCAACCCACACAAAUUUCUAUUACCUCUAAUUCCAUCUCAGCCUCACCUCUUAUUCUUGUUUACUCGUACGGCAUCUGCCGCUGAAAAGAAAGGUUUCGUGAUCGGUUAAUAUCCACUGAUACUGAACUACGGAAACCACUGGAGCAUUUUAGCAUCUUUUAGUAUCACUACAAGAGAGACCUGCUGGUCCAAACAUGUCAAUGGAUCAGGUUCCUUCUCUAGCCACAGAUGAAAAUGUGGUUGAUUCUUCACUGGCUGCUGUUACUGUUGGUUCUUUGAGGGUUGACGCUUCGCUCAAUGCUUGUCCCUCUCAAACAACACAAUCAGCCUCUCAUGGAGGUAAUGGAAAUAUGGUUGGCACAUGGAGCACAUGCUUUCCAGAUGUUAACCCCUGUGGCUUAGAAAAUGGUUCUUAUGGUGUCUACAAUGAUUCUUCAUCACUUCCAUUUAAUGGUUAUGGGUACACUCCUCAAAUAUCACAAGGACCAUAUGCCUCGUUCCCACUACCACCCCCUUCUGCAAGUUGUCAUGGUCAGCUAUACAAUAUCCAAGAGUUACCAAACUCUGAUCCAUCAUACUAUCAGCACCUCACUUCACAAAAUGUUCCAAAUAUUGCUCCACGAACAGCAGUUUCUCCUGCGAAAUUGCCAAUUAAUGUUAAUCUUCAAGGAGAUGGCAACAGAUAUGCACCACAACCAGGUUAUUUGCCUACAAUGGGAUUUGGUAGAGGAAACAACUUUUCUGGAGACUCCGGAGGCUUAAAAUUUUUGCAGCAAGGAUUUGAUGGGUUUGAAAGUGGUCGAUUAUGGUCAGAUUGGUCGAAAACUGGGAGUCGGAAAGGUUCUUUGAUGCAUUUCUCAUCGUCAACAGCUGGUUCAAAACCAAUUGGUUCACUAGGUUUUUCUGCAAAUCAUUUUGGAUCGGCUUCCCAACAAAAGGAAUCCUUUUAUGGGUUUGGAUCUGGUUUAGGCUCCAGCUAUAAAAGCUAUCCUCAAGGUCAAAGCAAACGAAGUGCUAGCUAUGAUGUUUCCUCUUCUAUGUUUGGGAUGAAUGGUCAGAGCUGGCCCACACUUCAUGAAGCAAGACAAGGGGGGAGGUGCAAUGACUUUGCUUGCAGUUGUAAUGUUGCACUCGAUACACUAGGUGAGCGAAAUAGAGGACCGAGGGCAUUCAAGCCAAGAAGUCAGACAGCAACAAAUGGAUCUGCUAUUGAUAAUCACAGGAUUGUUGUUGCUGAUAUUUAUAAUGAGUCUUAUAACUGCCUAGAUUUUAUAGUUGACUACAAGGAUGCAAAGUUCUUUGUUAUCAAAUCUUACAGUGAAGAUAAUGUACAUAAGAGCAUAAAGUAUGGUGUUUGGGCAAGCACUCCAAAUGGUAACAAGAAAUUGGAUGCUGCUUAUAAUGAGGCAAAGGAGAAACAUGGAACCUGUCCAGUCUUCUUGUUGUUUUCAGUGAAUGCUAGUGCCCAGUUUUGUGGAGUCGCUGAGAUGGUAGGGCCUGUGGACUUUGACAAGAGUGUGGACUACUGGCAGCAGGAUAAAUGGUCUGGACAGUUUCCUGUCAAGUGGCACGUUAUUAAAGAUGUUCCAAACAGUCAAUUUCGCCAUAUUGUACUUGAGAAUAAUGACAACAAGCCAGUCACCAACAGUAGAGAUACUCAGGAGGUAGAACUGGAACGUGGUGUUGAGAUGUUGAAAAUAUUCAAGAACUAUGAAAGUCAUUCAUCGAUCCUAGAUGAUUUUCAUUUUUAUGAAGAGAGGCAGAAAAUGAUGCAAGCAAGGAAGUCAAGGCAGCAAGCCAACCUGGUGCCUACUGGGGUUACUGGAGAGAGUGAACAAUACCCUGUAUCAAUUUCUAAUGACUACGUAAAGAAACUAUCCAAGAGUUUUGCUCAAGCUGUUUCUCUCAAUGAAAAUGAAACAAAGUUGUCUAUGACACAUCUGCCUCAGAGAACCAAGGAAGCUGACAGAAACAUGUCCAGUUAAUGAAAUAGGUAGAAACUUUCUUUUAGGUGUCUUGAACAGGAAAGUUUUAACUUGAUAAUACCUUUCAUUCUCCCGUUUUCUUUCUAUUUAUUUGAUUUUCUUUACCUCUGAAUUUACAUGGAGAUUAUCUGGAUUGUUUCAUAAGAUUGAUAACGUUGUCAUAUCACAUAUAAUAUUGAUAUUUCUGCUUUACUUUA